AUAUGGUGGCCAGCCUGGCAGGUCUACGGUUCCUGUUGAUGAUAGUGUUGUUCUGCGGAAUCAGGUACGGCGCCUGCAGCCAGAAAGCUCCGCAGGUUUUGGGGCUGCGAUUGGAAGAACCAGUGGAUCCGCUGUGCAUGAAGGGUCGUAUCAUUUCAGCACCAAAAGGAGCCACGUUUAAGCUCCGUCUCUUCGGGUUUAAUCUGAAUGGAAGCUCUGAGUGGUUCGCGUUCGCAGGGGCAGCUGGCGGAGCGGCUGGGGCUGUCGGUGAUACACCGGACCCUUGCGAGCAGCAGUCCAACCGCCAGGACUCCAAGUUAAAGGUGACCAAUUUAGAACUCGACGAUGCGCACAGCGUGCUUCUAACUGUGGAGGUUCGCACCUCUGAGGGGGAAGCUGGCAACGAGCAGACCUACUACCACCUGUGUGUGCUGAGUGGAGAGACAUGGACAUCUGCGGGCCUGGACAGACUGCGAAUAAACACCGACACGGAUCUGCCUGCAGAGUACAUCCCGCCGUGGGGUCUGGCCGUACUGAUAGUGCUUGUGCUUAUGAUCUGCGGAUUGCUGAGGACGGUGAACCUGAGCCUUUUGUGGCUGGACCCAGUCGAGCUUUAUGUCCUACACAGCUGUGGAUCCGAGGAGGAGAAACGAGCCGCCAAACGGUUGGAGCCGAUCAGGAGAAGGGGGAACUUCAUGGCAUGUUCUUUGUUGUUCCUGUGUGCUCUGGGGCACUCUGUCCUCGGUGUGCUGCUGUACCGGGCACUGGGCUCCAUCGCCUCUGCUGUGUUCAACAGCGGCUUCCUUAUCUUCUUCCUAGCUGAGCUGGCGCCUCACAUCUUGUGCUCCGGUUACGGCUUCCAGCUGGCGCCUGGUCUGACCUGGCUGGCCCAGGUUUGCAUGGUGCUUACCUGUCCCCUGUCUUGCCCUCUGGGCCUGAUUCUGGAUCUAGGGCUGAGGAGAGACAUCAGUACCUGUGGAAUAAGGGAGAGGGCCAUGGAGAUGAUACGGGCAAACGUGAAUGAUCCUUACAGUGAGUUUGUAAAGGAGGAGUUCAGUCGUGGGACAUUGCGCAUUAAGACCGUGGAGGACAUCUUAACACCUCUGAAAGACUGCUUCAUGCUGCCUAGCUCGGCUGUCCUAGACUUCUCCACUAUGUCUGAGAUCAUGCAGAGUGGUUACACCCGUGUGCCCAUUUAUGAGGAAGAGAGGUCUAACAUUGUGGAAAUCCUUUAUGUGAAAGACUUGGCUCUGGUUGAUCCAGAAGACUGCACCCCAAUGACGACUAUCACCAAGUUCUACAAUCACCCUCUGCACUUUGUGUUCAAUGAUACCAAACUAGAUGCCAUGUUGGAGGAAUUCAAAAAAGGCAACUCUCACAUGGCCAUCGUCCAGAAGGUGAACAAUGAGGGAGAGGGAGAUCCUUUCUAUGAGGUGCUGGGUUUGGUCACUUUAGAGGAUGUCAUAGAGGAGAUCAUCAAGUCGGAGAUCCUGGAUGAAUCUGAUGGCUACUUAGACAGGAAAGUAAAGCGUCCCCUCACUCCAUUGGAGAUUCCUCUGGAGCCUCGCAGCACCCAUGAGGAGUUUUCUCUUUUCAAGCCUCCUGAAGGAGAACCCAAGAUCCGCACUUCACCACAACUCCUGCUAGCCACACACCGCUUCCUGUCCAGAGAAGUGGAACACUUCAGCCCAGCACGUGUAUCUGAGAAGGUCCUGUUCCACCUGCUCCGUCACCCCAGUGUCAACCAGGAAGUGCACUUUGACCCUAACAACCGUCUGAGCCCAACACACUAUCUUUACACCCGCAACCACCCAGUGGACUAUUUCAUCCUUCUGCUGCAGGGCCGCGUUGAAGUGGAGAUUGGCAAAGAGGGCCUGAAGUUUGAAAAUGGAGCAUUUACGUACUAUGGCGUGUCUGCUUUGACGCUGCCAUCUUCAGUGCACCAGUCUCCGGUGUCAACUCAGCGUCACUCUCCCAGGGAUCCUUUUGAGUCAGCAGAAGCCACAAGCCCGUCCAGCUAUUGCCCUGACUACACCGUCCGAGCUCUCACGGAUCUCCAGCUCAUACGAGUGACACGUCUACAGUAUCUCAACGCUCUCAUGGCGUCACGCGCUGGCCAGAGUCCAGAUCCUCCUGAGAUCAAGAUUUUGCCGAACAGUCAGACCAAGCUGCUCAAUGACAGAAACACCACGCAAGAGUUCCCUGUAAACUUUUCAUUCUUUGAUACCAUUGAGAACUACUGUUAACAGUUUUGUUUUGUUGCAUGAGGUAAAUGAAAUGCAGCCUGUCACUGACUGUGUCCAUUUCUGGUUUCUGGAACCAUCUCACUUCUCCCAGUUGUACUGUAGUUAGCUGAGUCUCUUAGAAUCUGCAUGGCUGAUCUACUGAAUUGAUGCCCUUCACAAAGCUAAUGACAGGAAUCUGGGUGUAUAUAAAAACACAGGCGACAAAUGGUGAUGAAUUGUGUCCUCUGGCAUCCAAAAUGUAGGUCUACACCUUACAAUAGAGAGAACUUAGGUGAAAACUGUUUGUUUUAACCUGAUAUAUUUCCCAAUAAUGUGCCUUUAUGGAUAAUGCCCACUGUGUCCUCUCAGUUCAAUUGACUCUAAUUCAAUUUUAUUUUAUACUUUAAGUUCACAACAGUCGUCUGAAUGUACGUGAGUACUGUCAGGUAAUGACUGUGAUGUUAGAGAGCUUCAGUAAUUCAGCAGUCCACUAUAAGCAAAGCACUCAGUCAUGGUGGGGAGGAACAGUAUCCUUUUUAAUAGGAAAAGACAUGUGAGAACCAGGUUCUCCAGGUCAGUUAGGUUCUAUGUAAGCGAUUUCUUGAUUCAACUGCUCAGUUAGAAAUCCUGCCUAGGUGUUAAAGUGGAGCUUUCUAAUUUGGCUAAACAUGAAAGGCAUGAGUUCUAGCACAGUACCAUGUGGAACUCCACGACUGGUUAAUGUGUGGAAGGAACACAUCUUGUUUACAUGAACAAAUUGGAUGAGAUAAAUAUAACUCAGACUGCCACAGUGAACCAUCUUCAUUGUACAGAUUCCAGAAAAAGAAGAAUCACUCAGAAUGGAUUAUACUGACAUCAAAAGCACCCUGCAGCUGCAGAUUGCUGUUUCAAAUCACAGCUCUAGAAAUGGGGAAUAUAUCAGAGUUAAAUAAAGCAAAAUUAUUCUUUGAGAAUAAUAUUAAAGGGUCUCUUUAGUACUUUAAAAGUCAGAAAAAGCACAGAAUUAAUCCCUCCCCCCAAAAAGGCUUAUGAUAUUUUCAAAAAAAAGGUUAAAAGGUGCAAUAUAUGUUAGACUGUAAAUUUGAAACUGCAUAAAAUUAAAAAAAGAUCAAUAUUAUGUGAUAAAUUAACAGCUCUAACCUCAUGUCAAUCCCAUAUUGUGUUUCAGAGAUAUCUUUCCUAAUUGAGCAUGUUAGCCAGCUAGCAUUUGGAUGUACCCUUUGUGCCUUGGCGUGGAAUAAAAACUGUGGAGCCUCCAAUAUGAUCUCUGUCCAACAUGAGUGGAACUUGUAGAUCUGUCCAGAAACAUACAGUACUGUGCAAAUAUUUCAGGCAGGUGUGAAAAAAUGCUGUAAACAAAGAAUUUAGAAAAUUCUACACAAAUAGGGAUGCAGCUGCUUCAGGAUAGCAAUUCAGUGCACCUUCAAAACAGCAGGUACACUAGGUACACUUGCACACAGUUUUUGAAGGAACUCGGCUAGUAGGUUGAACUAACCACAUAUCUUCUCUGGAUGUAGGUUUCCUCACAUCCUUCUGUCUCUUCAUGUAAUCCUAACAUGCUUGAUGAUGUUGAGAUGCUGAAGAUAGUUCUUAAUGACUUUGUCUGUAUGUUUGGGGUCGUUGUCCUGCUGCAGAAUAAAUUUGGGGCCAAUUAUAUGCCUACCUGAUGGUAUUGCAUGAUGGAUAAGUAUCUGACUGUGUUUUUCAGGCACUAAGAACACCAUUAAUCCUUACCAAAUCUCUAACUCCAUUUGCAGAAAUGCAGCCCUAAAUGUUCAACCAACCGCCAUGAUGCUUCACUCAGACAAUAAUUAUUGUACCACUCUCCAGCCCUUUGACGAACAAACUGCCUUCUGCUACAGCCAAAUAUUUAAAAUUUUGACUCAUGGGUCAAAAGUCUAGAGCAUGUGCUGCCAUUUUUCUGCACCCCAUUUCCUAUGUUUCCGUGCAUAAUUGAGUCGCUUGGCCUUGUUUCCAAGUUGGAGGUAUGGCUUUUUGGCUGCAACUCUUCCAUGAAGACCACUUCUGGCCAGACCUGGGUGGGUGUACCUGGGUCCCGCUGGUUUAUGUCAGUUCUGAGCUGAAGGUACUGCUGAACAUCUUCCAAUUUCGAAUAGUAAUAAGCUUGAUGUGUCUUUCAUCUGCUGCACUGUUUCCUUGGCCAACCACUGAGUCUACGAUCCUCAACAUUGCCUGUUUCUUUGUGCUUCUUCAAAAGAGCUUGAACAGCACAUCUUGAAACCCCAGUCUGCUUUGAAAUCUUUGUCUGGGAGAAACCUUGCUGGUGCAGUAUAACUAUCUUGUGUCUUGUGGCUGUGCUCAAUAUUGCCAUGACAUGAAACGGUCUUUCACAACCUCACCUUGGUAGCAGAGAUUGGCUGUUCCAUAUAAUAAUUGCUGAUGGUUUGAAGGCAAAAGGUGGUAACACCAAAUAUUGAUUUGAUGCUGAAAUAUUACAGCAUUUUUUCACACCUGGCUAAAACUUUUGCAGAGUACUGUAUUUUUCUUUUAAACAGUCAUGGUUCUGACUUCGCUGUCAGCCAUGUAAAAACAAAUUUAAAAAAACAAACACACAGGCAGUAAAUGAAACUGAGGUGCACUGAUAUAUCUAAUGACAUGGCCACGUUGAUUGGCAUUACUGAUGUCGUUGGCUGAUAUAUUUAAUGUAUUAUCACAUCAGUUUUGUGAUGGCUUAAGAAGUCUGUGUCCCACUGGCACAAGGAUGGAAAAAUAAUCACCCAAAAAAAGUAAACAAAAAAACCCCCAAAUAUCAUUAGCAGCUAUUGAUCAUUGGUAUUGCUAUUGUAAAAUUGGUAUCUAACGCACAGUCGCUGGAGACUGCAGCAUGACCAAAAUUAUUUUUGCAACCUUGUGUAAUCAACUUGAAAUUUCAUUGCUUUUGAAAUGGUUGCUUUAACAAUGGGGACCAGGUGUGUAGCCACUCGCAGUCAGUUACCAUCUUCAGAGCGACUUUGGUGCCCCAAAAUGGUGAUAAAGCAACAACAGAGACUCGACAACUCGACCUUGUAAACUUGAUAACAGAUUGUUGGGCAACAAUUUCAAAUCUUUUACCAUCAUACAUACACAGAAUUAAUUCAUUACAUUUAUAGUCUAGUCACAAUUUCAAAUCUUUUACCAUCUACAUACACAGAAUUAACUCAUUACAUUUAUAAUCUGGUCACAAUCUCAUAGAUCUUAAACUGAAGUUCAAAAACUUCUGCACAAAUAGGGAUGCAGCUGCUGCCAUUUAAUGCAGUUACCUGGUAACCACUGAUUUGCUUAUUGCUUCAUUUGUUUUUGGUUUCCAUUAGAGCUGGGCGAUAUAACGAUAUGUAUUGCGAAAUAACUUUUUCUCGAUAGAAAAAUUAAACUAUUGCGAUAGGCCUCAUCUCUCUUGUCCUCUUAAAAAAAGAGAAGAACAGCCAAUCCAAAUUAAGUAGCGCAGAGCCGAACCAAUCACAGCCGCAGCGUCACGUCACGUGACUUGUUACGUACAGCACAAGUGCCAAGCCGCACAUGUGUAUUUGUUUGGGAAGCAGCCAGCCGCCGUGCUGCCCGGGUAAUGGAGGAAAUGAGUGUGCCGACUAGAGAAAAAUCAACCGAGAGCGUGACCGAAGGUUACCGAAGAGAAAACAGAUGAUGGUUCCAAUGGAGAGAUUGUCGAACGGAAGGGCCAUAGAAGUUCCGUAGUGUGAAGGUAUUUCGGCUAUUUCAAGUCUGACAAAAAACAGAGUAGCGCGCACUGUAAAUUGUGCCGAAAGCAAGUCUGGAAAUACAAUAAACCGGUGCAUGCUCAAUCUCUGACUGAAAGCGCUAAUUCGUCAUUCGGCUUUUGUCAGACUAAAGUUUAUUGUUAAGAGUGUUCUGUUAGUAUCUUUAUUUUAAAACUGUUUGAAAAGCUAAGCUAUACAACAAGGAGAGAUUAAAAAUUUCCUUUUAGUUCUCAGUUUAUUUGAUAUUGACAAAAGUUAGUCAAUUUUGUCUGUUCUUCUGUAAAACAAACUAAGAUUUAUUUUUAGAAUUAAUAUUUUGUUUCUAAGUGGAAUUGACAAUUUAGUAGUCUGUUUUGUUUGUUCUAUUUUGAAACUUAAACGCUGCCUUUUGUGUAGUUUGCAAUAUUUGCCUAUUUAUCUGGAAAAAGUCUCAUGUUCCUCAAGUACAUCUACCCUGUUGAAUUUAUUAUGGGAAAUAAAUAUUUAAAUCAAAACAAGCUGCUGAUUAUUUCACAUUUUACUUGUGAGCAAUGGCACAUUUAAAUCUUACAAAUAUAGUUAUUUGGCUUAUAUCGUGAUAUAUAUCGUUAUCGCCUGAAAUGAAAAAAAAAAAAACAUAUCGUGAUAUGAAAAAAUCUUAUAUCGCCCAGCUCUAGUUUCCAUCCUGUUUUUGCUCCAGUGUGACUGAGUCAUCCGUGAAACCGUGACCACAGUCAUUUAAAGUUUUUAUUGGAAAGGAGGCAAAACAUAACAACGGGAGAAAAUGUGUUAGUCUGUUAUUAGCAGAAAUUAAUUUCAAACUUAACGGAGACCCGUCAUAUGCCUAUUGGAGGACUUAUUACAUCACCAUAAGUGUACUAAAAAAAAGACAAAAGAUGGCACUAAAGUGAUGACAAAGUCUGUGCUCCUGAGAAAAGCUGUACUUGAAAAUAUUUUUGAGUUGAAUGUCAUCAUUUUGGCCCAUGAUAUAUCUCCAAAAUGAAUACAGCAUACAGAAAUACAGCAAACUAUUGUUAGUUAUUUUAUGUAAAAUAUAAUACAGAGGGAAAGCGUGAGUGUAUUUAUAGACAAAGAACAACUCUUUCCUAAUCACUGGCUUUUCUUCAUCAAUCGUGCGAUCUUUCAUGUCUCGAGGCAGACUAUUGUUUCCUAUUUUUAUUCCCCUGCCAUCAUCUUUUAAUCCCCUCUUCAUAUUACUGUAACACCCCACCCACCCCACCUUAAACCCCCUGAGUGGGUUUACAUAAGUGUGAUGAUGGUGACCCCUUACUCAUCCUAGCUCUCCUGUCAUUGGUCAGAUUCCACAGAUGGCACCAGAGCCCAGGAGAGCUCCACAGAAGAUGAGGCUCACGGGUAGUGCAGUUUCUGUCAGGGGGGAAAAAAAAAAAAGAAGCCCUCCUCCGACCAAGUAGAGAUUGGUUUUUAUAUUAUUGUUUGUAAUUAUUGAUAAAUCAUCUAUGGCUGGAACCUAGUUAUUGGACAAGACUGGAGUGGAAGUGCUUUUUGUCUUUUAUGUACAUCUACUGUUCACACUGUUCAUUUCCACCCACAUUCCUUUAUGUGCUUACUAUUGGAAUUAUUAUUUUAUGCAAUUUUUAAUAACUUUGGACUAUGUGUGUGCAUGUUUGUGUAUAUACAAAUAAAAAUGUGGUGUAGCAGGAAAAAGUACAUGGAUCCUUUGGAAUGACCUUGUUUCUAUUUGGAUUCAUUAUAAAGUGUCAUCUGAUCAUCUUCUUUGCCAGAAGCGCAAUGUGCUUCAAUCAGCAAUACAAAACUAUGUGUGUCUGAAAGAAGAGCUUCCUGUAGCUGCAGGUCAAACUUGCACUGAAUUAUGGAAAACUCUUUCCCUGCAUUCUUUUGUUGUUGUUAUUUUAAAAACUGUGGGCUGAUACAAAAUGCAAAUAUCUCCAAAGGGUUCCAUUGCUGUUUCUUGCCACUGAGUAUACAUUUUAAUCUGGUGGUGCCUUACUUCCAGAUUGAGCCUUCUGUACUAAACUUGUUUUGCCAUUCCUUACUUUUGCCUGUCUGGUGCCAAAGCUAUAUGUGUGUGUGUGUGUGUGUGUGUGUGUGUCUUUAUUGAUAUGUCCGUCCCUUUGAGACAUUAGAACCCACUAUUGAGUGUUUUUAAAGCAGAUUUGCACCUUACAUUUGUGCACUGUGGAAGAUGUUAAACUAUUUGGCGAGAUGCGAGGUACGUCCGAAUUUUUCAAUUCAUUUAACAUUGAUGCCAUACACAGAAGUGUGUGUGUGUGUGUGUGUGUGUGUGUGUGUGUGUGUGUGUGUGUGUGUGUGUGUGUUGUUUUUCAUCUUUGACCUUUCAGUCGCUGAUGGAUGGUUUUUCUGCAAAUAUGGAGAAACAUCUAGGGUCUGGUUCUACUACCAUAGACCAUGGAUCUGUAGCAAAGGUUUCUUGAAGCUUGACUGAUUUUUCACAAAUUCUGGAUAUAAUGUUUUGUCAGGGUAGAAAACAUGGCUAACACAGCACCGGCCUUUUGAAAGAAUUCUAGAAACAUUUUGUUGUGUAUAGAGGUUAACAGUGUAGACCUGUAGAGCUCAGGUGCUGUUGAUUGUUACUAUAUACAUAGAAGUGACUGACCUUUCUGCUAGUUUAUCCCAUUGUUCUCUUUUUACCCCAAACUGACAAGUCAAAUUGAAACAUGCCUUACUGUGGUUUCUCCAAAAAAAAAGAAUAUAAGGACAGAACAUUGAACUAUAAUUCAAUAUGAAACUGAGGAUGAAAAGGAUUUCCAAAUUGAUGUCACAAGCUGAUAAACUGUUAUUUGUCAUAUCUUUUAUUACUUACAAUGUGACACUACAAUGCAUCACACAUUCACCAUAAUCACUCUGACAUGAUGGAAUGGAGAUUUGAUAGUCUAAGAGAGGGAAUUUUAUUUGGCACCCCACGCAGUUAGACAUCUUACAGUGUUACUGUUAAAAGGGACCUUAACACAAGACUAAACACCUGUUAGUAUUAAUAAUGUUUGAGACCUUUAUAGAAAUCAGUGCUCUCUAAUCUUGAUGUCGACAGCCUUUCUGCUGUGAUUGGUUAUUAUGCCUUCAGGCAUGUGUGAUGAGUGUGUGCGAUAAAUUCAGAGAAAAGGACUAUAGAAGUUCAACCAAUAUAGAGGUCCUUGCAUGACGUCUAGCAAAAGGCCAACAGCACACCUAACAGAGGGGGUUUUUCGACAAAUCCUGAUUGGUCGAAGAAUUAGCUUUUACAGAAAGACUGCCACUACAGACUUUACCAUAAAGGGGAAGAAAUCCAGAAAGUAUAAAAGCUCAAAAAAAUACUAAUGAGAUGCAUCGACAUUUAUAUGAACAAAUUAUAUAUAUCCAAAUGUAGACAAUUUUGAGGGGUUUUUUAGGUUGUUAUUUUUUCCCACUCAGUCUCCAAACAAAACUCCAGACUCGUGGUUUGUACUUGUACUUUGACUUUUGAUACUUUGUACUUCUGCUCCAAACUUUAGGUUGCAGCUUUUCAAGUCUCACCUACUUAGCUGCUAUUACCAGGCCAAGGAGGUGAGACUAUGUUGUUAUCUUUUGCAUCUCUGCAGGCUUAAUUCAGAAACAUUGAGUACUGAAAGAGCUAGAGAUUUUUGUUGAAUUCUUUUUAAAGAUUGGUGUAACUUAUGUGACCAUACAAUGCCUUUAGAUAAACAAAAACACCCAUCAUGUCUGAAAGGACCUAUGGAAACACCAGUUGGAACAAUAGACCAUAUAGAAGAUAUGGAAUUGAGACAGUUCACAUUACUACCUUGUCAAUCACACUAACAUUUUGACUCUAAUGGAGACCGUAAUUUUUUUUAAUAGGACUUGAAACCAUAAAAGGAGACCAUAAAGUCAUCAGGAAAAGCAAGAUUUAAUAUAAAGUUAUGCAAUCAGAUCUGUGACACAGAAAUGGGACAUGUUUCUAUUGUUGCUGUUCCUAGUGUUCCUUAAGUAAGUUCUAAUUUACACGCUGUGAUGCUUCUACGAGUAGCUCUGCUUUUCAUAAGUCAUGUAAACAGAGAGCAUACAGUAAGCAGCACAGCACAGAGCACUGUGGUUAAGUAGAGGGUCUGGUCCCUGCACUGUUCCCAGUGUGUCGUUUAAUCCCUGCAACUGGAAAUCAGAUUAGCACUGAAAGGCUGAAUGUGGUGAAAUGUUGUUUCUAAUAUUGUUUAACUGCAGUUGCCCUGUAGUUAAACAAGAUUAGAUUGAACAAAUCCCAAGCAUUUGUUCGUGCUUCAGAAGCACCUUAAAGAACCUUAUUUCCCACCUCUUUGAAUUAUGCUGGCAUUCGUGUGUGUGUGUGUGUGUGUGUGUGUGUGUGUCCGUGUCCCCGUAUGAGUUCAACACAGUAUGUCACCUGUAGACCAUGAAAACAUCCAGUCUGCACUGUAGUAUUCAUUAUCCAGUAUGCUGACAGUCUAAAAUACAUUUGAAAUGUCUGUCAGUCAUUGUUGCAUGUGUGUAAACAUGUGAGAAAGGUCAGAAGUGGCUUCUAAAUAUCCCUGUGUUGAUGAUAAAAUAUUAAUGAUAACAAGGAAGGACAGGAUGAGUCAGUCUUAUAAUGGAAAGCUUUCACUGCAUGAUUAAAUAAAUAGAACUAGAUGAAACAAAGCAGUGGGAUAUAAAACAACAUGUUAUUCUUCAUUGUAGGACCUAUUAUCUCAUUCAUAGAAGAAAUUAACUCAAAGGGAGCAAAUACAGUUUUGUGAAGUGAUGGAAAGUGAAUUGGCAAUGGCCAAACUGAUGAGGUGAAUUGUCAGAAAAUCAAAAUGAAUCAGUGAAAGCACAAACGGGUACAAGUUCUUAGGUUUAUAUGACAAUCACAGUUGAGAUGAAAGAGUUCCAAAAAGGCCCAGCAAUCUUUAGUUUGGGAAUGGCUGCUAUAUUGUAUAAGGUAGAUUUUAAAAUCUAAAUCAACCCUUAAAGGAUAAUUCUAGUUAAUUUCAACCUAGCUUACAUCCCAGUAAUUUGGCUCAAUGGCUCAUGCUAACUUUACCUUGUCAACUCCAUUGUAGAGGUGGCAGUGUGAGAAGUUGCACAAGAAUAAUUACACAAGAAGUCAUCAAAGUUGUUUCUUUACAUUGUGUUGAUGACUAUAACUGAUUUUUAGAAACUGUUUUAAAUCACAGGCAUUUAACUCAUUUUAAAUGUCUGCUUUCAAUUUUUCAGAUGCACGGGUGCCAACUUAACCUGAGAAAUCAUGGCCCAUUAAGCCAUUUCAAUAGGAAACACACCAUGUUAAUCAUUACAUAAUCAACCUGGUGUAUUUCCCACAUUGGUGUGCAGGGUUGUUUAGGAGUCGGCUCUGUAUCAGCUGUGACACAGUGUGUUUCUUUGUGUUUCAGAUCCAUGUAUGUUAGGUUCAGUCUGUGCACAUGUAUGUGUUAUUAUUCAAGUGUAUUGCCAUAUUCCAGCAGAAUCCCAGAUUCCCUGAUAAUGGGAUUGUGAGUAAAUAUUUUUUCAGCAGUUUGCUCAUAUUUUGUUCUAAAAAAGUUGAUUUCUAUCAAAAGAUUGAAUGUAAAAAGAUAAUCCUGAUUUUGUGUGACUUGGGCAGUUUGCUGAUGUUAAGAAUGAUGUAUUACUAAAUGACUACUUGGAGUAUAAAUCUAGGAAAUAUUUUAUAGGUAAUAAGUCUUAGUUUCCAGGUACAAUACUGUUACCAGAAGAGUUAUUGAGAAUUAAAUAGUUCUCUCUCUCUCUCUCUCUCUCUCUCGCUCUCGCUCUCGCUCUCGCUCUCUCGCUCUUGGUUACAUUUGUAUAGAACUUCUAAAGUUAUCUUUAUUUGUUUGUUUUUUUCUGGAAUGCUGCCAGUUUGGGGUAUAUUGGGACUCCAUUGAAUUUAACACUUUCAAUAAUUUCUUAAAAAAUAAAGUCAAUCCUGUUCUGAACAUG